UUCUGGGUUUUGCGGGAGGGAAUUUGUCAAGUAAAGGGGUGUCGAGGAGCAGGCAGGUCCGGGGGGGUCGGUUUGUGUAUCUCCAUGUCACCUCACUCCUGCUGGGCUGUGCCGUAGUGCCGGGCUGUGUGUUGGCUUGCUGGUGGUACAGAGCCCGUGGUGCAUGUGACUGGUGCCAGGACAGCAAAAACGUCCCCGUGCGGUUUUCGGGGGGUCCCUGUGCUACUCCGUGGCGUCUCCUGUGCCGUGGGCGUGGGGGUCCCGGCUACGCUGUGACUUGGUGCAUGACUGCCCGCCGGCGAUGCGGGCCUGGGUCCGGCCUCCAUCUGCGUGUUUCUGGCUGUCGGUGCCAUUGGGGCGGCCCAGGUGUCGGUCCCCGUGCCGACAGCUGGCUGUCGGCCCAGUUGCUGGUGCCGGGAUGCUGGAUUGCCAUUUCCACAGCUGCUGCCUGUGCGGGUGAACGUGCAACCCCCAUUUGGGAUGGGCGACCGGCCCGAUCCCGCUAACGAUGUCCUUGGGAUGAGGCGGCCUCUUCUUCAGCACCAACCGUCCCGUGUCCCCACGAGGAGGAGGAGGAGGAAGAGUUGUGCCAGACUCGCAGGGGAGAUCAAGGCCGACCUGAAGUUCAAGACCGCGGGGCCCGGACAGAAGCUCUCGGAGCCGUCCCGGGUCCCCAAGGAGAAGCCGAAAACUGAAGCGACGCCGAAGCCUCGUCAGGCGCCAACCGAUGAAGCGCAGAUGGCGGCGGCCGCAGCGCUGGCCCGGAUGGAGCUGAAGCCCAAGGCCAAGCUGCCUUCCUCCCAGGAGGCCAUCAAGAACCAGGUGAGAAAAGAGCUGAUGGCCGAGGCAGCUGCAAGCGAGAAAGGGCUCUCUGAAGAGGAAAAGGACCUCACCUCCCCAGACAAGGAGGGGGCAGCUGCCCCCUCUGUUUCAGGGGUCUAUUUCAUAUGCCCGUUGACCGGUGCAGUCGUAAAGAAAGACAAGAAGGAGAAGCACCUCAGAGAAGCCAUUCAGUCGUAUUUCUCUGUAGACCCGGUGGCUGCCUCAAUCAUGGAGAUUCACACCUUCAAUAAGGACCGGGAGAAAGUACGUGUGGGCGUGGAGACCAUUGCCAAGUACUUGGAUAAUAUCUAUCUCCAUCCAGAGGAGGAAAAGUACCGGAGAAUCAAACUGCAGAACAAAGUGUUUCAGGAAAGGAUAAGCUGCCUGGAAGGGAUACACAGAUUUUUCCAGGCUAUCGGGUUUGAGACAAAAACACUGCCUGUUCCAGGACAAGAGACCACAGAGGAGUACUACGUACUGAAGGAAGAAAUGCUGACCAAGUUGGAAGACCUCAAGGACUACAAAGAGCAGCUUUUAAGCUCUGAGCCUGUAAGAGCCCAGCUGGAUCGCCAGCUCUGUGUAUUUAAACCGUCACCUGAAGCUGCUCGGUUUGAGCUGCCAAAUGACUUUUACAACCUCACUGCAGAAGAGAUCAAACGAGAGCAACGGCUCCGGACAGAAGCAGUGGAGAAGGCUUCAAUGCUGAGGACAAGAGCCAUGCGAGAGAAAGAAGAACAAAGGGAAAUGCGGAAGUACAACUACACCCUGAUGCGAGUCCGGUUUCCUGAUGGAUACAUCCUCCAAGGGACUUUUUAUGCACGAGAAUCAGUAUCUGCGCUCUACAACUUUGUGAGAGAAGCACUCAGAGAUGACUGGCUGCCCUUUGAGCUGCUGGGACCUGGAGGUCUCAAACUGACUGAUGAGAAUUUGGCCUUCAAUGAAUGUGGGCUGGUGCCCUCAGCCCUCCUGACUCUUGCCUGGGAUGCAGCAGUCAUGGCAGACAUUCAGGCGUCAGGAGAGGAGCGGCCAGCAAGCCCCCUGAAACCAGAACUUCUCUCCAGAGUCCAGACGCUGUCAUGAAAUAAAGGGGAGUGGAUUCAGUGCUGGUGGUUUUAGACUGUUCCCUCAUUUUCCCAUACAGACUGUUGGAGCUUCCAGCUAUGUGACCUCAGAAAUGAUUUUAUUUUAGCUCUGCAGAGUGGGAGUCUAGAUUCUGCCAUGUCACACCAACCCUGCGGUCACCUCCACAACUCCAGUAGCCAUACACUAAGGCAGUCUUGCCCCGUAAGACACUUACCAGACUGCUCUGAAUGGCUUUAAAAACCAAGUUCUAGCAGUGACUGCUUGAGGUGUUUCCAAGACCAUGAUGAAGUACCACUCUCCUCCCUUGGAGGAGAGAUUAGGUACUAGUACUAGGCUGGAUUACCAAUCGAUUGAGCCUGGAUAUCAGGCUGGGCUUAGAACUCAGCUUUUCCUUUUGCUUCUGUGUGCACUGUAACUCCUAUUGGAGAGAAUAUAUUUAGAUAAAAUUAUGCUUAA